UACUUAGCGAAUUCAAUCGAGAUCUUAUCUAACUAAUAAAUAAUAAGAUAAGUCUUGGUGACGUUGCAAACCCGAUUUCACUCUAUACGAGUUUUAGCUGUCACAUUUUCAAUAAUUGACAGUACGCAAUUUUGAGUGCGAGGUUUUCGUUGCUUUAAACUCCUUGUAUUCAUUAAUUACGUUAUUUCAACGAUAUUCCGCGGAUUGAAGUCAACCUCACUUGGUAUUUAUUUUAAUACGGUUUAAAAGUUAAUAACUAAUAAAAAUGGAACCACAAUCGGAAAACACCACAUCAAAUUCGACUCCAAAUCGGGGCCUCAAUAUAACCGCUUUAAAAGAACACGUUAUUUCACACAAAAUCGACGUGGCCCUUUGGGCGAUUAGGAUCUUAACGUUCCUUUUUACUAUAGGUUAUUUAUUCCCAAUAUUUGGCAAUGCAAAUAGUUGUUAUUACAAAGCAUUAUUGGCAAAUGCAGCAACAAGCGCUUUGCGUCUUCACCAACGAUUGGGUAUGGUUCGAUUUAACACGGAAUUCCUUCGCGAGCUUUUCAAAGAGGACAGUUGCCAUUACUUGUUCUAUUCGUUGAUAUAUUUAUAUGUCGCACCUGUUACACUGGUUCUUGUACCCGUGGUGCUCUUCGCUAUAUUACAUGCUGCCAGUUAUUCUUUGACUCUAUUAGAUACGAUGGGUCAAAAUUCUUGGUGGGGUGCAAGAUUAUUAAUUUCGAUCGUCGAAUUCCAAUCGAGAAAUAUUCUAAGACUCGCGGCCUUUACGGAGAUUAUGUUGAUGCCUUUAACCGUCAUACUCAUCUUAAUGGGGAAAGCUGGGUUAUUAACUCCGUUCAUCUACUAUCACUUUUUAGUCCAAAGAUACACCUCGCGACGUAAUCCGUAUACGAAAAACAUGUUUCAUGAAUUGCGAGUGUGGAUGGACACGGUGGCUGCGAAACCUUCCGUUCCAGGGAUUGUUAAAAACUUUUUGAAACGCAUCGUUGAUAUAACUUGCCGAUUGGCACCACCUAUGCAAGCACCUCAACCACAUCAACAAUAAAUCAAAAAGUAAUAAUUAAAGAAUUAAGUAUAGAUCAUUUUUAAAAAAUGAGCUAUAUUAAGAAGACGUAAUUUUUUUUAAAACGAUUUUGUUGUGUGCAAUUCUUUUUUUAUAGUUUUUGUUGUACUUUUUGGCUAUUAUUAUUAUUAUUUUGUUGAGUCCAUAGUUACACCUAAUUAAUUACAUUAUUAAUAUAAACAAGGAUGGGAACAAGAGUUAGGUUAAUAAUAAUUUAAUACGUUUUUUGCCGUCGUGUUAUUUAGAACAUAGUGUCCUGUUGUUUUAUUAUGUAUUUUCUUUCCUUUCGAUCUUUUUUUUAUUAUAUGAUCGUAUGGUAAUGUGGUGAAUGAGAUUUUUGAAAUGUUAUUAAUUUUCAUUCUUUUACAUUUUUCUUUUUUUGGAAUAAAAUUGAUACUUCAAUCA